AGCUCUAUUUAGACCUGUGUAUGGGGUCAGCCAAUUGAACCAUAAGCAGCCACUAAUUGCUCCUUAAGGAAAAAUAUUCAAUGAUCCAAGUCGAUCGCCUCGGCAAACCUGGUCUAUCGGGCAAUUUUUGUGGAGUAAUCUGGCCACAUUGGAUAUCCAAAGUCUGGCCAACCUGCUCACGUGUUUAUAUUUUGAUGGUUUGACUGUCUGUGGCCGACUUUGAAAGAAGCGGGCGCCACUCCUCCUCCUCCUCCUCCUCGGUUUUACCCGUUAAUCCCCCUCGUCCAGAAUGGCCGCCAAUGUGAACACUAACAACCCCUCGACCCUUCUGCCCUUGGAAUUGGUGGACAAGGCUAUUGGGUCUCGCAUUCACAUCAUCAUGAAGAACGAUAAAGAGAUCGUGGGUACUCUUUUGGGAUUCGAUGACUUUGUCAACAUGGUCUUGGAGGAUGUGACCGAGUUUGAGUCCACGCCUGAGGGACGACGCGUUACCAAAUUGGAUCAGAUUCUGCUCAAUGGCAAUCACAUCACCAUGCUUGUACCUGGUGGCGAAGGACCGGAGUCAUAAAACGGAAUGUGUGAGAAUUAUAAGCAAAUGUACAUGUUGAAAAAAAAAAAGUACAGUAAAACAUCAAA